AACCUCCUCACAUCCCAACCAAAACCUCUCCCUCUUCCUCCUCCAUCCUCGCCGCCACCACUACCCACGGCGAGCAGCAACCGCAGCGCAGCACGAGCAAGCAGCCCCGUCGGUCCAGCCGAGCGAGCAACCAAACACCUGCUGCUAGCUUCUCGGAGAGAGAGGGGUGGGGGGAGAGAUCGGCGAUGAAGUACGUGCUGGUGACCGGCGGGGUGGUGAGCGGCCUCGGCAAGGGCGUGACGGCGAGCAGCAUCGGCGUCGUGCUCAAGGACUGCGGCCUCCGCGUCACCUCUAUCAAGAUCGAUCCAUACCUUAACACCGAUGCUGGAACCAUGUCUCCAUUCGAGCACGGUGAAGUGUUUGUUUUGGACGAUGGUGGUGAGGUGGACUUGGACCUUGGAAAUUAUGAACGAUUUCUGGACAUCAAGUUGACUCGUGACAACAAUAUAACCACGGGAAAGAUCUAUCAGGCUGUUAUUGACAAGGAACGAAGAGGAGACUACUUGGGCAAAACUGUUCAGGUUGUACCACACAUUACAGAUGAAAUACAGGAGUGGAUUGAACGUGUGGCCAUGAAUCCGGUUGAUGGCACAGAAGAGCCAGCUGAUGUUUGUGUCAUUGAACUUGGUGGCACUAUAGGGGAUAUUGAAUCAAUGCCUUUCAUUGAAGCAUUAGGUCAAUUUUCAUACCGUGUAGGGGCUGGAAACUUUUGCCUAGUUCAUGUCAGUCUCGUACCAGUUCUCAAUGUAGUUGGUGAACAGAAAACAAAGCCUACCCAACAUAGUGUCCGUGGACUAAGAGGACUUGGACUGAUACCUGAUAUUUUAGCAUGUCGCAGUACACAGCCACUUGAAGAAAAUGUGAAAGUGAAACUUGCACAAUUUUGCCAUGUUCCGAUUUCAAAUAUUGUUAAUCUUCAUGAUGUUACGAACAUCUGGCACAUUCCUUUGUUGCUUAAGGACCAGAAGGCACAUGAAGCUAUUCUGAAAGUUUUAGAUCUUCAAUGUGUGGGAAAAGUGCCUCGAGAACCCAAGCUGAUCGAAUGGACUGAAAGGGCCAGCAAAUUUGACAGACUGAAAACUCCGGUCAGGAUUGCCAUGGUUGGAAAGUAUACUGGCCUAUCAGAUUCCUAUUUGUCAGUUCUGAAGGCUCUUCUGCAUGCUUCGGUUGCUUUGGACAGAAAACUUGUGGUGGAUUGGGUUCCUUCGUGUGAUCUUGAAGAUUCUGCAGCCAAAGAGACUCCUGAUGCCUAUGAAAAAGCAUGGGAUCUACUAAAGGGUGCACAUGGUGUACUAGUUCCAGGAGGCUUUGGAGACAGAGGCGUCCAGGGAAAAAUUCUUGCUGCAAAAUAUGCGCGAGAAAACAACAUUCCAUAUCUUGGUAUUUGUUUGGGCAUGCAAAUUGCAGUGAUUGAAUAUGCCCGCUCUGUCAUGAAGUUGCGUGGUGCUAAUAGUACAGAGUUUGAUCCAGCUACAACGACACCAUGUGUUAUUUUCAUGCCAGAGGGCUCUAAAACCCAUAUGGGGGCAACAAUGCGCCUUGGAUCAAGGAGGACAUUUUUCCAGAUCAAUACCUGCAAAUCCGCUAAGCUGUAUGGCAAUGCAAGCUAUGUAGAUGAAAGGCACCGCCACCGAUACGAGGUGAAUCCUGAUAUGGUCACAGAAUUCGAGAAGGCGGGUCUCUCUUUUGUCGGCAAGGAUGAAAGUGGUACACGCAUGGAGAUAAUUGAGCUACCAACUCAUAGGUUCUUUGUUGGUGCACAAUUUCACCCUGAAUUCAAGUCAAGACCUGGAAAACCAUCCCCACUUUUCAUGGGAUUAGUAGCAGCUUCAUCAGGGCAGCUUGACCUUUUGCUUCAGCAAACUUCUGGCAUUGUCAGUUCGGCACUGAAACGUAGUAGCCCCUGCAACGGAGUAACGAAACAGCCGAAGCUAUACCAGAACGGGCACGUGAAGAACGGCCUGGUGAACGGCUACUACGCAAACGGCAACAGCAUUCUUCAUACCUAGCAGCAUAGCUCUGCAUCAGGCCAUGUCACUGAGAUUUGAUUGCUUUCUUCACCUUUUUUUGGCGUGUUUUUCUCCAUUUCUUUUAGGGUUAUGGAUUCGCCUCUCUGCUAAACUACGAAGAGAUCGAAAGGGUCCUUAGCUCCAGCGACAUGAAGAGCCAUUUCCGAUGUUUUAAGGAGGUAGAAAUGGGCACUUGAGCUGUCGCAUCAAUGGAAAAUAGCUAGGGUUUACUAGUAGUUAACUAGUAAUCUGAUGCAAUAUUAUUUAUUUUGUUUGUUCGAUUGCUUGCUUUAGGCCUUAUAUUCAAGCUUAAUGCUGGAGGUGUGUAGCUAGCUUGGUGGAGCCUGCACAUUUCACCUGUUUGUACAUUGGAUAAGAACCACUAUAUUAUUAUAGGAACUGAAAUUGAUGAAUACACGAGUAUUUGGGCAAAUGUAUCAA